AUGAGCGAUCGUCCGAACGAGCGCGCCCGCCGCAACUCGCGCUGCAAGGGCGCUGGCGUCAAGAUGGAGCACUUCCAGGCGGCGCUGGAUCCUCGCAAGCAGGAGCUGCUGGAGGCUCGCUUUCUAGGCGCCAAGGUGAGCGCGGGGGCGAUACUAAUUGAAAGUCAGCGUAUAUCCGAGUUCAAAGCGAUGUCAGCUGGCUCACAAAUUCAGAUGGCACCGCAAACUACUGUCAACACGGGCCAGCCAGUACAUAAUCAGGACUCCAAUAUGAGCACAGGAUCUUCGCAUAGUGAUAAAGAAGUGGACGCUUUAACUCCUGAGAAGUCAGCGGCUAUGCGAGGAUCUGCUGUGGUUCCUGGUAGCGCUUUGGUGCCACCAAGUGGUGCUACACCUACUAUAGCAAUGCCUGAAAGAAAAAGAAAGCGAAAAGGAGAAGAAGGUGUCGGAGGUGGUGGGGGUGGCGGCAAGCAGAGACAUAACUCUUCCGAUAAAAACAUCCGUGAAUACUUCUCUAAACACCCAUCAUCGAGUCCUGUUCGGCACACCGGUGCCAAAUCACCUUCACCACAGAGCGCCAAUUAUCCUAUGUACCCACCGUCACCAUCUUCAAUAUUGCCACCGGGAGCCGAUUAUUUACGUUCCGCCUCGCAACAGAGACCUCAUACUUCCGUUAAACAGAUUCAGACAGAACUGACGUGUCAGAGGAUACAAGAGUUAGAGACUCAGGCGUCGUCUGAUUUAGAAGUUAGGAAUAAUAGAAUAGAAGAAUUAACGAGGAGUAAUGAAGAGUUGAAGCACCAAGUUCAAGCGCAGACUAAGGCUAUCGAUCAACACAAAUCCCAUAUUAAUAAAUGUAUAGAAGUUGUAAAAAAGCUUUUAAAUGAGAAGAGCACUAUCGAGAAGAAGGAAGCUCGGCAAAGGUGUAUGCAGAAUAGGUUAAGGCUGGGACAGUUUGUGACGCAGCGAGUUGGUGCUACCUUCCAAGAGAAUUGGACUGAUGGAUAUGCCUUUCAAGAACUAACAAGGCGGCAAGAAGAGAUAACAGCAGAAAAAGAGGAGAUUGACCGUCAAAAGAAGUUGCUAAUCAAGAAGAGGCCGUCGAACAGCGAAGGUGGCGGUGGGCGUGGCAAGCGAACGUCCAGCGUCGCCGCGCCGACGACACCGCAGCCGUUGCAUAACGGCACGGAUCCGCCCACUUUCCUCAAGCCGGACCCGCUGCCCAGUAUGACGUGGCAAGAGUACUACGAGGCGGAUGAAAUUCUAAAGUUAAGACAAAGUGCACUAAAGAAGGAAGAUGCAGACCUGCAACUGGAAAUGGAGAAAUUGGAAAGAGAGAGAAACCUUCACAUAAGAGAGUUGAAGCGGAUACACAAUGAGGAUCAGAGUCGUUUUUCACAGCAUCCAGUGUUAUCUGAUCGAUAUUUGCUGCUGAUGCUACUCGGAAAGGGCGGGUUCAGCGAGGUCCACAAGGCGUUCGACUUACGGGAGCAGCGCUACACCGCUUGCAAGGUGCACCAGCUCAAUAAGGACUGGAAGGAGGACAAGAAGGCCAACUAUAUCAAACACGCGCUGCGGGAGUACAACAUCCACAAGGCCCUCGACCACCCGCGGAUCGUGAAACUCUACGACGUCUUCGAAAUCGAUGGCAACUCGUUCUGCACUGUGCUCGAAUACUGCAACGGACAUGAUCUCGACUUUUAUCUGAAGCAGCACAAGACAAUACCGGAACGCGAAGCCCGCUCGAUAGUGAUGCAAGUGGUCUCCGCGCUCAAGUAUCUGAACGAGAUCAAACCCCCCGUUAUCCACUACGACCUGAAGCCGGGCAACAUUCUCCUAACUGAAGGGAACGUCUGCGGCGAAAUCAAGAUCACAGAUUUCGGUCUCUCGAAGGUGAUGGACGAAGAGAACUACAAUCCCGACCACGGGAUGGAUCUCACGAGCCAAGGAGCUGGUACCUAUUGGUAUCUGCCCCCUGAAUGUUUCGUGGUCGGCAAGAACCCACCAAAGAUCAGUAGCAAGGUGGACGUGUGGAGCGUGGGCGUGAUCUUCUACCAGUGCCUCUAUGGCAAAAAGCCCUUCGGACACAACCAGAGCCAGGCGACCAUUCUCGAGGAGAAUACCAUACUGAAGGCCACCGAGGUUCAGUUCGCCAACAAACCCUCUGUCAGCAAUGAGGCUAAGAGUUUCAUUCGCGCGUGCCUCGCGUACCGCAAGGAGGAGCGCAUCGACGUGUUCGGCCUGGCGCGGCACGAGUACCUGCAGCCGCCGAUGCCGAAGCCCCGCGGUGCGCCCGGCGCCGGCGCCGCGUCCGCGCAAGCGCACCAGCCCACCUUCUCCGCCGCCAUGUUCGCGGGCUCUUCCUCCUAG